CUCGGAUUGAUUUGUUUUGUUGGUACGUUAUUCCUCACCGGGACCCUGGGAUUCACAGGUUCACAUAUUCCAUUAUCUAGUGUCAAUAUGGAUCUUCAUCCAACCUUAGAAGCUCUAGGUGUGGAUAGCCUAGCCGAUAUCACCCUAGAGGAGCUUCAGAAUAAGGUCAAUAACGUUCAGUAUGGUAUAGUGCCUAGAUACCAAGUACUCCAGGUGUUCAUGGGAUGGCUUCAUGAGCAGAUCACAAGGGAUAUACAACAGACAUCUUUGUUGUCUGCAUUUGUGGAUCUUCUGCUGGCACCCGCGAAGUUACACCAAGGGCCAUUCACGGAAGGCGAGGUGGAUGCAGCUUUCAAAGAAUGGCAGGCUAACGAUGCUGCAGAGAACCCUGCAAACAUACGCAGGUACCAGAUGGUCCACUUAGAUUUCCUCAAGUUAUUUGAACAGGCUAGGCGUGGUUCAAAUUCGGAGCCCGACUGGUCUUUUGGGCCAUCGGGUUUUGACCGAGAACAGGACUCUUCGGAUGAAGCAAUUGGUACUCGUCUUGUUGGCGGAGGAAAGCGUAAAUCAGGGUCCAACGAAGUCCCACUAGGGAAAAGAAGGUGCUUCCGCAACAACACCCACCAGAGUACUGCUAAGAUCAAGGAGGAGGAUAAUGGAGAGAGUUAUUUUGCUAAGGCAAAAUCAGAGAAUAGUCUCUUAAGACCUUACAGCAACGUGAAGUCAGCUGGACAGGAUGUUUCUCCGAAGAAGCAUAGUUCUUCCUCCUUGCCACCGCCGACCUACAUCUGCAAUCGUUGCUAUCAACCGGGACACUGGAUUCAACUUUGUCCUACCAACAUGGAUCCGGAAUGGGAUCGACCGCCCCCUGUGGACUACACGUGCGAGAUCUGUAUGAAGAAGGGCCAUCAUUUUGCAACCUUGUGUCCCAAAAACAACAAGCAGUCGUCCUUGACGAAAAAACGUCUGCGUCAAGAAGAGCCCUCUCAAGCUCGGUUGAAAACGCCUACACGAGACAGUAAGACGCGUGGUCAAGAUCGACACCGUCUCACUCCACCUUCUCGACGCCGCUCACGAACUCCUAAGAAUAAUCACCAUCAAGUACCUGACAUCUAUAGACUAGAUGACGACAAGUCGCAAGUUCAGGUCAACGAUUAUGAGAAAUCCCGCGACCGUAGCCUCUCACCUUACUCGGUCCGUCGACUAAUAACUCCUAGCAAGGGUUACGACCACGAGAGAGACUCAAACAUCUAUCCUCAAAAGCCCUCUCAAGCUCCAUCCCGUAAACUCCCCAUUCGUCGACCAAAAGUACCGUCUCCCCAAGGACACCCACGUUCAUCCCUGGACUUGAACAAGACACAUAAAGGAGAAAUGGGGAGACUCUCGUAUGAUGACGUAUUCAUGGAUUUCAACGGUACCUCUCUAUCACCGAAAGAAUAUAUUUUCCCUCACAGGCGAAAGGUUGUGGACACAAACCUGAAGGAGAACGAAGUAACGAAGCACGCGUCAGUGGACGUCGAUGAUAUGCCCAAGGAGAUGGAGAAAACCAAGGCAGAAAUCAACAAGUUCCUUGACGAAGUAAAAAACGAGCUUCUUCUAGCUAAGAAGCCAGUUCCAUCGAAUGAGGCACGUUUAGUUCCCGAGGACGUUUAUGUGAAGGGUGACGAAGGCUAUUCAGGCGAUAAGAUGAACACCGAUAAAGGGGAGAAUACGAAAUGCGAUUCCAACAAGAGUAACCUUGCUUCCACACAGACAGAUCAGCAUAACCAGGGAUUGAAAUCCGGACUGCAAGUAAUGUCGCUCUUGAAGAAUCGCGAGAAUGCCAUCGUCAAAAACAAAGUGAAUCGAAAGACCGCCGUGGAGAUGUUCGACGAGUUGAAUUUAUUCCCAACUAAGCCUUAG